AUGGAUCUCGCCAUCGAUCCAUCCCUGGAAUCACAGGAUGCUCCCCGCAGGACCAAGUCAGGCCGGCCAUCCAAAGCUCGCGGCACCGUACCAGGCUCAGCAGCCGACUUUCGACGCCGGGAAGCCAAUCGCCUCGCAGCAGACCGUUCCCGAAGCCGACAAGCAGAAAAACACAGUGCUCUCGAUAAUGCGGCAAGAGUAUUGCAAGAAGAGAAUACCAGACUGAAGGAGCAGAUCCUGGCUCUGGAGAGUGCCGGGGCUGUCGCCGCGUCGGAAGAGUACUCGCAUGUCGAACACGAAUCAGAAGAACCCGUCGCUGGGCCAUCGAGAACGGCCGAAAUAGAGCACCACGACGAUGAAGCUCAAGAUGACCAAGAGGCGCAUUCACAUACCAUCCUGGCUGCCCUCACCGACAUCACGGGCGUCGACUUUUCAGAAGGCAAUGAGGCCAACUGGAUGCAGGGCAUGGAGAGCUUUUUGAAAGAUUCGACCGAGUCGGGCAGACUGGGCGAGCUGGCUGCUGUAGCCACUGGGGGCGAGGACAAUGAGGCGCAUCCGGUCAACGAGAAAACUGGGGUCUCCUAUCCUCUCCCUGGGCAAGUUGCGCCAAACCCAGCCAUCAUCCUCGCGGCGGCUCUCAACACCGAGAUCGAGUGUCUUGUCAUGGAAGACCUGGCUUUCACCAAAGCUGCCAUCGUCAGAAUCGAGCACCAGAUCUCCUCCCUCGCCGGCAACCAUGGCCUGAGGCAUGCGGAUAACGCCCGGGACAUCGUUGGCGAUCUUUUGCCUGAUGCUCUCUAUGCGGACGACGCAGAGUUGAUGGAGCAGACAAACGACAAUCUUGUGCAUACUAUCGCAGAUCUCGAAGCAGCGCUGCCAGGGGUCAGAGACGACUUUAUCAAGGCGAGAGAAGAAAAGGCUGGCGAAGAGAGGCGGAUCGCCGAGUUGGUGCAGGAGAUCAAGAAUUUGGGGACAGCGAAUGCGGAAGAUAAGGCAAAGGUGGAUGUGGCGCUGCGAUCGAUUGGUGGAUACGUCGUCAACAUCCUUGAUGAGCAGGAGAAUCAACAACAAACAACCUACUCCCCUGCGCUCGCUCGCCGUCGACGAGGUCGCCCCCCCAAGUCGGAUAUCUCUCGCACCUUCUACCAAUCAUUCCUCAUCCCUCCGCACUCCUCGUCCGGCUUAGAUGAAAGAGGCAAAGCGCGCCUUCUCCGCGGACUCCGAAAAUCAAGCUACCUCUCGCAGACCAUUACGAUUACCGAAAGGUCUUCCCAGCAAUUUGAAGGGAGUAAUGAAGAGCCGAGGACUUUGGAUGCUGCUGAGCAAAGUGAUAAAGCGCAGGAGGAAACCACAGCCGAAGCCGUCAACCGUGCCGAAGCAUACAUUCUCUCCCAGCUUGAUUCCCAGCUCCCCCCACACUCUCCUCAUGAACACCCCGAACACAGAGAGGGUGAGGAUAUGCGCCUAGAAUCAGAGUCUUUCGUAGACUUUCUUCCUCCGCAGGAUGAAGCCCCAUCCAGCUCUGCUGGCAAUACCGACAAUGUCUACCCGCCUCCCAUGUCUACGCCCAUGGCACGACAUGCUUCUCUCCAGGCAUCUGCAUCUCCACUCGCGCCGUCAGUUCUGUCCCGUUUAAGGCAGGGCCCGCCGGGAAGCUGUGAUAUCUGUACGAGGACGGAGACGACUGUUUGGAGGAAGUUGACGUUGGGUGGAGUGGACUACAAGGUCUGCAAUGCAUGCGGACUGUAUCACUCCAAGUUCGGCGUCAUCCGUCCACCGGAGCUUUGGGGCGAUGGCAAAUCACUCAAAAAGCGUCGAACGACAGUACGCGCCGAAGGAGAGGAUUACAGCAGAAAGAGACCCAAAAGGCAAGACGGCCCUCACGAACACGAUGCGCUUGAUACGGAAGAAGGAAACGUUUAUGAGUCCGACCUCAGAGAUAUGGGAUCAGAGGUGAAGGUGGGGGUACAAGAGGAGAGGUUGGACGACCCGGCGAUCAGCUAUGGGGCCCAGGAAGGGUUGGAGCAGGGUAUGGGUGUUAUGGACGAGUUCUUGCCGUUGGGGGAUCAGGUGGAUGAGCUGGAAAGUGAUGCAGGGGCCGGGGCUGAGCACCCUGGGGAGCUGGAAGAUGGGAUUGACGAGGCCUUCACGGCUGAGGGGAUGUAG